AGUAAGGUAUUUUCAGUUUAAUAUUCUUCCCAGCAUCCCUUGGAAUAGUCCUUAGAAGUUUUUGCAUGCUAUUAGGUGGUAGUUUCGGUAGAAAAUCCGUUUGCGUUUCUGAGAAAGCCUCACGCACGCCAAUUUGACAGCUCUGUCGUGAAAUUUAUCGCGCAAUAAACACCGCAAAAACUCGCGAAAAGUUGCAAAAAAUGAGUGAAAUUCCACCGGAAUUGGACACAAGUCUGGCGGAUUCUCUGCAUGAGCAUCUGUCGGCGGGAAGGGUGAAGGAAGCUUUGGAUGUUACGGCAGAUAAUCGAUUUCAUGCAUGUCUGAAGAGCAAUUGCUCCGAUACAAUAAGAGUUCUCACAGAAUUCCUCACUACCAAGACUUUCAAUGAGAAUCCCGAGGUCUAUGGGGCUUGUGAGGAUAUAUUGAAGACUGUCACGAGUGUGGCAGCUCCUCAGGAAGUCCUCCUUGAACUCAUGGCUGCAAUGGAGGAAUCCUCUUGGGAUCAGAGCUUAUUCAAGAGUCUCCUGAAAGCGCUACAAUUGUGCAUCCUGAGACUUCCGGAAAACAAGAUUUUAUCCAUUGACCACGCCCUUAAUGCAGUUUUUAAGCAUGUGGUUUCUUUGUCUGCCGAAAGCACUAGUCACUGUUAUUCCGAGGAGAGGCAAAAAGUGCUAGAGAGUGAUAAAGAAGUCACAGAUUUUUUGACCAGGCACAUAACUCUAACGUUGUUUUUGGAGCCACUGAGGGAGGAGUUUAUCAAGGUUCCUCUGCCAACACCAAUAAAUUUCCCCGAGAAAUCAAAACGGAGUGUCUUGAUAAAGUUUCUCAUGAAACUCCUGGGCAAAGGAUCCUUCCCAAAGCUCCAUUUGAAGGCUGAAGAAACGCCAAUAAAUACUUACACAAGACAGUGCUCAGGUUUCUACGUGGACAGCAUUACUGAUCUCCUCGGUGGAGAUCCCUUCAGCAUCCUGCCCUGGAUUGAAGAGCGAUUCAGAUGGUCAGGCAAAAAAGACAAGAAAACAUUCUGUAUUUUCCUCAAUGAGGUUAAAAUUCCCUCAACGAGUCUCAUGAUAUUUUUCUAUGUGAUCUUUGUUGGCAAACAAAUCCCUUCCCAAAGCCCCAAAAUCUACUCCCCGAUCUACAUCUUCGAAAUCAUUCUCUACCUCAUUACGUCCUCCCUCGAAAAUCCCUACAAUGAGGUCAAAAUGAAGGCUGUGGAACUCCUUCAAGCUUCCCUGGAAAAUCUCGAACUCAAAGCCCUUAAAACCAAUCACCUUGAACUCCAAAUUCAUGCAAAUCUCUGCCUGAGUCUUACAAACUUAAUGAUUUACAAUGAAUCCGAAGACAUCCGGAAGACUUCCAUUGACACCUUCCGGAGCUAUCUCAGGAAAUUUGACGAUGAGGGCAGAUUUGUGAUAAUUGAGAAGCUCUUUGACAAAUACCAACACGAUGCCAGUAACUUCAGGGGCUUCCUCACGACACAAUUCAAAGAUUUUGUGGCAGAAAUUCUCACCACGGAAGAGAAUCGCUUUCCUGUCCAGGACAGAUUUGACAGAAUCUUCAAUCGUCACUUAACCACCCUCCGCGAUCGUGAGACGACAGAUCUCGUCCAGGAAGCUGAAGCAAUCAUAGCAUCUCUCAAUACAAUUCGCUUCCUGGCUCUCAGGGACCUAAAGAAUUGCACCUCGUUCUGGGAUCGCGUACCAGAGCUCCACAUCAACUACCUCCAUCACAUCCGGAAGAGUCUGGACCUCGGAAGGGCUCACUACGAGGCGGAAAAGAUCAAAAUCGAGAAUAAUGAAGAUGAAGACAUCUCAGAGAAGAUUUCAGUCAACAUCAGAGAAAAAUCACUGCCCAAGUUGUCCAAGAAGCAAAAACUCUUCGUAAUGAACAACUCUCUGAUGAAGCUGGAUCUCAUUGAGAGUGUCCUGGCCAGGGUCAAUGAAUGUCUCAAUAAUGUUCCGGAAUUCUUGGCAAAUUAGCUGUUGGGCAAUUGUUGACAAUUUCUUGCAUUGUUUACCUUUCUUCAGUAAUCAAUCUUAAAAAUUGUUUAAUUUAAUCCUGUUAACUAAACAAAAUGAUUCAGAAAUAAUUAUUUGCAUUUAAUUUUUUUUUUUAAUAAAAAUUUAACAAAUUAUGUUUUAAUUUAUUUUACUGGAAUUGUCAUUUUAAUAAAAAAAAUAAUAAUAGUAUAAUA